GUGAAACGUCAAGUGUUUCAGGAAGUAAAAGGCCAGCUGUUCCUUUAUGAUUUCCGUCAAAAUGCCAGAAAACUUUCACCCUCAUGGCAUUUCCCACGUGUAAUCACUUCCACUGGAGCUCGACUCUUUGUCAUUUCACAUUCGAACAAAUUCGAACAUUCGGUGAUGGUAUUUGAUUGGAAUCGAAACAAUCCUCUUCAGUUGGCCCUUGUACGAAUCAUUGAGGACGAAAAAUUCAUCAGGCCAAAUGAUCUGGCAGCAAUCGACGAGGACUCCUUUAUACUCACAAAUGACGGCUACGCUCAAACGGAGUUGCUCAGCUUUCUGGAGAUAAUCACAGUCUAUCCAAGUGGAAGUGUGGUUUAUUACGACGGCAAGGCGAAGGUAGAUCGGAUCUCUCCAAAUGGUAUUAUCCUCAACAAAGAGCGCACACAUGUCAUCAUUUCCCACGUUAACAUCGAAACCAUCUCCGUGUACAAACUGAACAAUAAUAAUCAUACGCUUUCACAUGUGGUAGAUGUGCCAACGCUGACGUCGGCUGACAAUUUCUGUCUUGACAAAUCAGGAGCCGUUUGGACUGGUGCUCAUCCUGUGUUGAAGGACGCAGUAGCUUUACUGUCUGACUUUGAUGAAGUACAGUCAAAAGCUCCGUCCCAGGUGUUGAGAAUCGUGUUCUCGAAGGAUUUCAAAUCAUGGGAAAUCACAGAACCGUUCGCUGACGACGGAAGCUUAAUCUCGGCGUCCUCGAUUGCUGCUCCCUACGGGAAUCAGCUGCUCAUCGGAUCCGUCUGCCGAGAACUUGUUCUUUGUGACAUAUCGCCAGUGACAAUCUAA